AUGCAUCGUCGCAUGCGUCGUCGCAUGCAUCGUCGCAUGCAUCAAGCACAAUCAUUCUCUCAGUCCCCACGACUCAUUGUCUUUUCACGCGCGUCUCCCGUCCCCGCUCCGCCAGAGUUCAUUCCGAAGCUUCUGCAGCACCAGGCGAACGCGCAUGCGCGCAGCCAGCUCAGGCGCGCAUGGAUCAGCGGCGGGGCGGGGGAUACGGGCGGGGGGAGCGCGAGUGGCGGAAUUAGCACCUUCAGCGAGAAGGCAGCGCAAGAGCUUGGCUUGCCUGUCAGCUACGACCGGCGGUACCGUGUGAACGUGGCCGUGCUGACUCAGCAUGAGGGGAGGAUGCGGGCGCUGGGCAGGGACUGUCCACUCACAGAGGGCCACGUGGCGGAGUACAGGCGGAUGCUGCACGUGUAUGAAGACUUCCUGCAGAAGCGGUCCCUAGCGAAGCUGAGGAAGCUGCGGGAGGACCAGGCGAAGCUUCCUGUGAACGCGCACAGGGAGGAGAUAGUGGCAGCUGUGGCUGCAUCGCAAGUCACUGUGAUCGCUGGAGACACAGGUCUUCGUUCCAAGUCACUCUCAUCGCAGGAGGCACUGGGUGCGGCAAGAGUGGACGAGGUGCAUGAGCGUCAUGUCACCACUGACAUGCUUCUCGCUCUCUUAAAACAGGUGGUACAGCAGCGCAGUGACCUGAGGGUCAUUCUCAUGAGCGCCACCAUCAACGUGCACACCUACUCCGCCUACUUCCACAACGCUCCCAUCGUCACGGUGCGCUGCACUGCACAUCUUCUCGCAUCGUUCCCUGCCUGGCAUGCCCUCGCUCCUGUCCGCUCCUCUCUUUGCCUGCUCCCUUGCUCUCCUGCCCUCCUGCUCCCAGCAACCCUCCUUCAGCAACCCUCCUUCAGCAACCCAACUGACAAGGUGUUUGCAGUGGCCCCUGCAGGUGUGCGCAAGUGCAUCCUGUCGACCAACAUAGCGGAGACGAGUGUGACGAUAGACGGCGUGCGCUUUGUGGUGGACAGCGGCAAGGAGAAGGCCGUCACGCACCUCGCAGAGAUCGCAGGCAGCACACUGCAGGAGCAGUGGGUCAGCCAGGCAUCAGCCGCACAGAGAGCAGGCAGGGCGGGGCGAACGGGUCCAGGUCACUGCUUCCGGCUUUACUCAAGAGAACAGUUCAAUGCAUUCCGGCAGUUCUCCAUACCGGAGCUCCUCCGAGUGCCUUUGGAGUCGGUUGUGCUGCAGAUGAAGAUGCUCUCUCCUGCCUGCCCGCUCUCUCACUUUGGUUUCCUAGACGCCCCGUCCCCAUCCGCACUCCAUCGAGCUGUGCUCUCCCUCACACACCACGGGGCGCUCGCACCCCCAACAGCAGCACCACCACUCACCACCACAGGGGCAACGCAGCAACCAGAAGCUGGAGGCAGAUGGGCAGGAGCGGAGGGGGAUUGGGGGACGGGAUUGCGAAAUGGAAGAGAUGCAGGGGAUGGGGAUGGUGGUGAUGAUGAGUUGGUGGUGACGCCUCUGGGGCAUGUGCUGGCUGGACUGCCCGUGGACAUACCACUCGGCAAGAUGCUGGUGCUAGGCUCACUCUUCCCGCCCAUAGCACCCCUCAUAGCGCUCCUCGCAGCAGCACUGGCGGUGCCGUCGCCCUUUGUGCGUGUACCCGAGGGCGAGCAGGGGGAGAGGAUCCGCACAGCACAGCACCAGCUGCGCAGUGGGGACGGCGAUGCGUUCACGCUCAUGGCGGUGUUUGGCGAGUGGAGCAAGGUGCACAAGGAGUCCAGCAGAGCCGCGCACCGAUGGGGAUGCGUUCACGCUCAUGGCGGUGUUUGGCGAGUGGAGCAAGGUGCACAAGGAGUCCAGCAGAGCAGCGCACCGGCCUCUCACCUCCAUGCCUCUCACCUCCAUGCCUCUCACCUCCAUGCCUCUCACCACGGGCAUGGGCAGGUGGUGCAAGCGGCAUGGGGUGGAGCCCCAGCGGUUGAUGGAGAUGGCAAAGCUGCACCGCCAGUUCACUCACAUCCUGCUCUCCACUCGCCUCCUGCGAUCCCCAGCACAGAGGCGUCAGCACAUGCAGCAGGGGAGGAAGCGCAGCCGGUGGGACAGAGAGGGGAGCUGUCAGUGGAUAUGGACCGUGUGGCUUCUCUGGCCAAUAAGGAGCUGACACGUGGCGACAUUCACCUCAUCAAGUUCAUUGUGUGUGCUGCUCUGUACCCCAACAUAGCUAUUGCGGAUGCGCACAAUGGCAUGCGGCGGGAGAGCGAUCAGUUUUUCCACACGCGCCAUGUCAGCAGCGCAUGCAUCCACCCGUGCAGCAGCCUGUGCGGCUCAGACGCGCCCAUCACGGCGAGCGAGCUACUAGUGUACGGCACUCUCUUGGAAACCACCAAGCUCUACCUCUCCAAUCUGAUGCGCAUACCAUCGCUGCCAGCGCUGCUGCUCACGAGUCUCUCUAUAGACGCCUCCUCCGACAGCACGCGCAUGCUGUUUGACGACUGGCUGCUAGUGCGCCUCACGCCCCUCCCCAUGGAAGAGGCACGCAGGCUGCUCGUGGGUGCGUGCGCAUGUGGUGUGUUCUGUUUAUCUGUUGUGUGCCUGAGGGCAGUGCAGCUGAUCAUGCUGAUUCCACCUCAGCUUGCCUUCUUGUAUGCCUGGGUAUCCCACACCCAGGCACCAGUGCGAGUGCGGAGGAUACGGGCAGCUGAUUUCAGCCAAGCUGCUCUGGGUGGUGAUGCACGGGCGUUCAUUCAGGCGCUCUGUGAGUGGACUGCCGGCUGCCAGGGUGCCGGGGAGGAGCAGCAAGGGGAGCAGGAGGAGGGGCAGGAGGGUGAGGAGGAAGGGGAAGAGGAGGGCGGGGGUGCGGAUGCACAGGUGAAGGAGCUCGCAGAUCGCAUUGCCACGUUCCUGCAGUCCCCUGUGCCCUUCUCCUGCCGCCAGCUCACUCCCAUGGGCGCCGCUGCCCUGCUCUCCCACGCUGCCGCCUCAGCAGCUCCAGGCAGUGGUGAGGAACAGGAUGGCAUACAGAAUGUUGCCAGUGCUGCAUCUGGCUCAACAGAGACCAAGGAAGGUCAGCCGAGCAGCAGUGGGAAGGCACAGGCAGGCGCUGCAGACAAUGCACCGGUGGGCUUGGGCUUAGUGCAAGGCGCACGAGGGAGUGCAGCGGUGGCAACGGCAGCAGUUCUGGUGGAGGAGGGAGAGGCAGCACUGCGGGCAGCAGAGGCAUCCAAGAGUGGGAAGCCAAUCAUCAAGGGCGGCGUUCUCGUGAUGCCAUUCCUGCGCAUCGGGUCAAUCCCGUCGCAUGAGACAAGCGUCGCCACACAAGCGUCGCUGCACAUGCGCAGCCACUGGCAGUGCCCGCUGUGCGGCUCCAAGCUCAUCCUCACUCUGCCUGAAACUGUGGACCACCUGCGUGCCUGUGCCGGCAGCAGCAAAGUUGUAUCAGGGAAAGCGGGAGAGAGCGGGGAAGAGAGCGAUGGGGCUGAUGAUGAUGAUGAUGAUGAUGAUGAUGAUGAUGAUGAUGCCUUUGCUGUUGGUGGCGAGGAUGAGCAAGUGGAGGAGAAGGGUGAUUAUAUUAGCGAGGGUGACAGUGAUUACAACGAAGGUGCCCCUGUUGCGGCCAUGCAAGAAGCGGCGGAGGUUACUGGCAGGAGAAUUGGGGCGUCCCAGACAGGAAUGUUGUGGGGGGUUGAGGGGUUGCAGGAUGCGGAACAGCAGGGAGAGCAGGGAGUGAGUGGAGGAGGAAGAGGAGGAGGUGGAGAAGAUGGAGGGGAGGGUGGCGGGGAGAGGGAAGAGGAUGUGCGAGGGGUGUGUGAGCGGGUGAAGCGAUGGUUGAAUGCAUAUGUGUUGGGAUUGACAGGCAGAGCACGGAGCAAGGGGCAGAACCACAUCAAGGGCGAGCCGGUGGCGCACAUGGCUAUGGAGCUCCGCACCCCCAUCGUCUACUACCGCCCUGAUGGCCCCUCACGCUACCUCAAGGUGUACGUGUACCAUGCGCGAGCCAUGCCAGCUGUCGCAAAGGCAUUGGUGGAGGCAGCAGAGAAGGGCCUCAUGGCGUCUGAGGGCCUGCAGUGGCCACGUGGCAGCGAGCCAUUGGAGGAUAACAUCAAGCUGCCCAUGCGAUUCCUCGCGGAGACCUCUCUAGCCGGGGGUCAUGGUGUGUGCUGCACGCGCCGCUCAUUCUGGCCACCCGCCCCUCUCUUGCUGCAGCACCAGCUCCUCCCCUACGGCGCUCUCCCUCUCCCUCUCCCUCUCCCUCUCCCGUUCAUUCAGCAGCAUCGACUGUGCCACCCAACAAAGCAGAAUCACAUCUUUCUGCCAGCACCACUGCAGCUCCCAGCCGCACUUUGA